CCUCCUGCGAACGAAGGGGGCAUCUCUCUUCCCUCUUACUCUCUAUCUCUCGACCCCGAUUCUUUCAUUUCGCAAAAUAAAAAUAUAAAAAAAAAACAAAAAACGACGCCCCUAAAGUUUUACCCCGUACUCAAAACCCUAGGGCUCUCAAUUCUCUAGGGUUUCCCUCGAUUUUUAAUUUUCCUAAUCUUUUUCUUCUAUGGACACCGAGGAAGAAGAGCCUCUCCACGUCCCCAACGUUGAGUCUUCUCUUCGAUUGGAAGAUAACCCGGCGACUACAACUACGGCCUCCGAGUUACAGCGUCAAAGCGAUGGGUCACAAUGUGAGCUCGAGUCCGUUGCCGAGUUGGACGAGUCGCGACUACCUGCACCGUCAGCGGUUUCUCCUGUUGCUGAAAAGGAGGAAGAACGUGAGGGCAAGGGAGUUGUUGAUGUGGCGGUGGUUCUAGCGCGGGAACCCGAGGCGGCGGUUCGUGAUGAAGUGGGCGGUGGGGAUUUGAUCGCUGGAGAGGAGAAGGACGAGAUGUUGGAUGCUGGUGAUGGAAUAAAGGAUUCAUCUGCGAUUGACGGUAAUAGGGAAGAUGAGGGUGUAGUUGACAGAGAGGAGGGCCACGUGGCACAGGAGGAGAAAGCUGACGUGGCGGAGGAUGCGGCGGUGGAUGAUGUGAUGGAGGAAAUGGAGAAGGCUGCCUUGUCAGACGGAGGUGGAACAGCGGAAGGGAUUGAGGUGGCUGUGGCCGAGCGACAAGUUGCUGAGUUGGCUGAGGAGGCGGGAAAUGAGCAAAAGGUGGUGGAUGAUGUGCAAGACCAAAUUAGCACCCCAGAGGAUAAAGAGGUGGCUGGCGUGGCGGAGGAAAGAGGGAUUGCUGAGGCAGCAGAGGUGGAUGGUGUGACAGAGCAAAUUGUGGUUAUGGAGGAAACAUGCGUGGCUGACGUGGUGGAGGAAAGGGGAAUUGCUAAGGCGGCAGAGGUGGGUGUUGUGACGGAGCAAAUUGGGGUUAUGGAGGAAGCGGGCCUGGCUGACAUGACGGAGAGAACAGGAAUUAUGGACGAAAGUGAGGUGGCUGGCGUGGCUGUGGAAAGGGAAAUGCUGAAGGAGAAACAGGUGGAUAACGAGGUGGAGCAAACUGAGAUUCUGGGAGAAACAGUGGUGGUUAACAUGGUUGAGAAAAGUGAAUCGCUGGAGGAAAAACUGAUGGUUGAUGUUGCAGAACGAUUUGGGAUUGGGGAAGAAACGAGGGUUACUGACCUGGUUGAGAAAAGGGAAUUGCUGGAGGAUAAAGAGGAGGUUAAUUUCGCAGACCAAAAUGAAAUUCUGGAAGAUACAGGGGUAGUUGACAUGGUUGAGAAAAGCCAAAGUUUGGAAGAACAAUUGGUGGGUAAUGUGUCUGAGCAAACUGAAAAUUUAGAGGAUACUAAUGCAGUGAGGGAAACAGGUAUGGCUGAAGUGGAUACAGUGACGGGGGAGGAAUCAGAGAAGGCAGAAGGUACGGAGACAGGAAAUGUAGUAGAGGAUGUUGAGAAAGCAGAAGGGACUGAGAUAGAUGUGGGAGAUGGAGCAGAGGGAGUGGAAGCAGCUGAGGACACUGAGAUGCUCGACAUGACAGAAGAAGUAGAAAUGGAGGCAGCAGAGGAGACAGAGGAUACAGAGGAGGUGGAGGAUGCUAGUCAAGCCAGUGGUGGCAAGCGGAAGCGGGGAAAGAAUUCAAAUUCUAAGGUUCUGGCAAGAGCUCCAUCAAGGAAGAAGGUGGAGGAGGAUGUCUGUUUCAUUUGCUUUGACGGUGGUGACCUUGUGCUUUGUGACCGCAGGGGUUGCCCUAAGGCUUACCACACUGCUUGUGUUGGUAGAGAUGAGGCAUUCUUUCGAGCUAAGGGUAAAUGGAAUUGUGGUUGGCAUCUGUGCAGCAACUGUAAGAAGAAUGCCUAUUAUAUGUGUUACACAUGUACCUUUUCCUUAUGCAAGGGAUGCAUCAAAGAUGCUGUAAUCCUAUCUGUUAGGGGCAACAAAGGCCUCUGUGAGUCAUGCAUGAAUCUUAUCAUGUUGAUUGAAAGGAAUGAGCAGGCACAAGUAAAUUUUGAUGACAAAAGUAGCUGGGAAUAUCUAUUCAAGGAUUACUGGAUUGAUUUAAAAAGGAGAUUAUCAAUAACUUCAGAUGAACUUGCUCAGGCUAAGAAUCCCUGGAAAGGAUCUGAAGGUCGUGCUGCUAAACAGGAAUCACCUGAUGAACAUGAUUUUAAUGAUGGUGGAGGGUCUGGCUCGGAUGGUUCUUCUGGGAAUGCUGAAGUAACUGCUUCCAAGCGAAGAAGGACGAGGAGUCAAUCAAAGUCACGUGCAAGGGAGGGUGAUUCACCAAGCACAGUGACAGCUAGUGGUGAAGGGGCAUCUACAGAUGAAAGUGCUGAGUGGGCAUCAAAAGAGCUUUUGGAAGUUGUUAUGCACAUGAGAAAUGGUGACAAAUCUGUUUUAUCUCGAAUGGAACUAAGUCAACUUAUACUGGAUUACAUUCAAAAGCAUAAACUUCGAGAUCGUCGCAAUAAGUCUUAUGUCAUUUGUGACACAAGGCUUAAAAGUCUGUUUGGGAAACCAAGAGUGGGGCAUAUUGAAAUGUUAAAUCUUCUUGACCCCCACAUCUUUUUCACAAAGGAGGAUUCUCAGACAGAUGAAAUUCAAGGGAGUGUUGUUGAUGCUGAAGCUAAUCAACUAGAGGCUGAUUGGAACUCUGAUGCUAUGACUAAGACUGGAAAAGAUAAGAAACGUAAAACACGUAAAAAGGGUGAUGCAAGGGGACUUCAAUCUAAUUUAGAUGAUUAUGCUGCCAUUGAUAUGCAUAAUAUCAAUCUAAUAUAUUUGCGACGUAAUUUGGUGGAGGAUUUGAUCGAAGAUACUGAAACAUUCCAUGACAAGGUUGUUGGUUCUUUUGUGAGAAUAAGAAUAUCUGGUGCUGGUCAAAAGCAAGAUUUGUAUAGACUAGUGCAAGUUGUUGGUACAAACAAAGUUGCUGAAACAUAUAGAGUUGGCAAAAGAACAACUGAUUUUCUACUUGAGAUUUUAAAUUUAAAUAAGACAGAGAUCAUAUCGAUUGAUAUUAUAUCAAAUCAAGAGUUCACUGAGGAUGAAUGCAAGCGGCUGCGCCAGAGCAUAAAGUGUGGACUUAUCAACAGGCUGACUGUGGGAGAUAUACAGGAAAAGGCCAUGGCAAUCCAGGCAGUCAGAGUCAAAGAUUGGUUGGAAUCAGAGAUAAUGCGUCUCAGUCAUCUUCGUGAUCGAGCCAGUGAAAAAGGACAUAGAAAGGAGCUUAGAGAAUGUGUAGAGAAGUUGCAGAUUUUAAAGACACCUGAGGAGCGACAGCGUAGAUUAGAGGAGAUUCCAGAGAUACAUGUAGACCCUAACAUGGAUCCUAGUUAUGAAUCUGAAGAGGAUGAAGGGGAAGAUGAUAAGAGACAAGAUAACUAUAUGAGGCCAAGAGGUAGUGGCUUUAGCAGGAGAGGGAGGGAGCCAAUUUCUCCCCGGAAGGGAGGUCUCAGUUCCAGUGAUUCUUGGAGUGGAACUAGAAAUUAUUCUAGCAUGAAUCGGGAAUUAAGCAGGAACUUAUCUAAUAAAGGACUUAUGAGCAAAGGGGAUGAUUCUGUUGGAGCUGGUGAGAUGGUGAAUGAAAAUUUAUGGAACCUAGGACGGGAGAGAGAAACACAACCAAACAGUUGGGACAAGCCAAAAACUGCUUUGAGUUCAGAAAUUGGCACUAGGAAUACCCACUCUGUUGUAACACAGGAACCUUCUUCAAAGGUUGUGUCAGAAAUUUCACCUACACCUCUAUCUACAGGAGUAACGGCUGCUGUCCAAAUUAAUGAAACGGAGAAGAUUUGGCGUUACCAGGAUCCAUCUGGCAAGGUCCAAGGACCAUUUUCAAUGGUGCAGCUGCGGAAAUGGAAUGACACUGGAUAUUUCCCUGCUGAGUUAAAAAUUUGGAGAACUACUGAGAAGCAAGAUGAUUCUAUACUUCUGACUGAUGCUUUGGUUGGAAAGUUUCAGAAAGACCCUCCAGUAGCAGAUAACAGCUUUCCAAAGGCUCAGGUGGCCUUGUAUGGGAGUGGUGUUGGAGCAACCCUGAAACAAGGAAUGGAAAAUCAAGUUGGAGAAAGAUCAAGGUUUGAUCAGAAUCAUGUAGCUUGGAGUCCUCAGCGUACUUUGAGUUCAUCAGGCCAAUCUGCAGUAGAAAGUUGGAAAUCUCAAACUGAAGCCCCUUCUUCCACAGGCAGACCUGCCCCAUCUUCACUUGAGAUGCCAAAGUAUUCUCGAGAUGCAUGGGGCUCUGACACAAAUCUACCUUCUCCCACUCCAAACCAAAAUCCCAGUGGUGGGGCAAAGGGACAAGUGUUUGAAAGCAAAUGGUCACCUACUCCUGUUCAGUCAUCAGUUUCUGUUUCGGUAGCCAAUUCAUUCCGAGGAGCUACCUCAGGGCUGCAACCUCCUACUGUUGUUUCAGAGAGUGAGAGCCCAGCUGCUCCUGUAGUGCAUUCUCAUAUGGCAGUGUCAGGUGAAUCACUCAGGACACAGGUCAAUGCUCAGGCUUCAAUUAAUUCAGGUGCUGAUAUGAAAAAUGUAGGUGUAUCUCUUCAGAAUUUGGUUCAACCUGUGAGUUCUCAUAAUCCUUCUCUUGAAACUCAUGGAUGGGGUUCUGGCUCGGUCUUGCGGCAAGAAGUAGUUGCUGCAUCCUCUAUACCUGCAACCGGAACUCAAGCAUGGGGAAAUGCUUCAGCUCAGAAGCUAGAGCCAAAUCCCUCACUUGCCAUGCCUCCUCAACCUGCUAGUUAUGGUCACUGGAAUGAUGCAUUACAAUCUGGUCAAAAUUCUGCUCCUUUAAGCACAGGAAAUCCUGCUGGACAUUUUCCUACUGGCCAACCAACUAUGCUGGCGUCAGAUUCUUGGAGGCCUACUGUUCCAGUUCAGUCAAACGUUCAGCUUCCUGCUCCAACCAAUCUACCUUGGGGUAUGGCUGUUGCAGAUAACCAAGGUGCUGUCCUGAGACAGGCACCAGGAAAUCAGAGCACUGGUUGGGGGCCAAUGCCAGGGAAUCAAAACAUGGGAUGGGGGGCACCUGUACCUGCAAAUCCAAAUGUUAACUGGGGAGCUUCUAGUCAGGGAUCAGCACCUGUUAAUCCGAAUCCAAGUUGGGCUGCACCUGGCCAAGGACAAAUGCCAGGGAAUGCAAAUUCAGGUUGGACUGCUCCUGGGAAUGCAAUUCCAGGGUGGGCACCACCUGGCCAAGGCCCUGCGGUUGUUAAUACGAGUCCUGGAUGGGUUGCACCUGGGCAAGGGGCAACACCAGGAAGUGCAAAUCCUGGUUAUGUGGCGCCCUCUGGAAAUUCAGGCAUGUGGGGAAACGAACAGAAUCACAACGGAGACAAGUUCUCGAAUCAAAGGGAUAGGGGUUCUCAGGGUGGUGAUUCUGGGUAUGGUGGGGUCAAACCUUGGAGUCGACAGUCAUCAUUUGGCAGUGGAGGUGGUUCUUCGAGGUCUCCCUUUAAAGGGCAGAGAGUGUGCAAAUUCCAUGAAAGUGGGCACUGCAAGAAAGGGGCAUCGUGCGAUUACAUGCACACUUAAAUUUUGGCAAUCUAGAGCAGCAAAGAGUAGCUAUAUAUGUACAGUAAAAUUCCAUUUAAAAAUUUCCUAACGUUAUAAGAUCUUUGGAUGAUUUAUACAUGUAAAAACUUUUGUAGUUUAGCACCUCUUGUUUUCCUUAUGACAAUGGAAUGUCAGUCUAACUCCUUAGUCAAUAAUUUCCAUCC